AUGACUUCCUUUGGGGCAAAAGAAAUUAAGGAGGGUCAUUUUAUGCCUACCUUUAAGGUGGAAGGACAAGUUUAUCAUCUCAUAGGUAGCCUUUUACCGCCAUCAGGACAAAUUCCCCAAUUUUUGCAGAUAUAUUUUAUUUCCGAUGCUGAUCAACUAUCAUUGCGAUCAAACACGGCUCCCAUGCUAAAACUAAAUUUGAUAAACGAAUUGCAGACCAUGUUGAAUAGCCACAAUGUUUACAUACGAAGUUUUAAACAUAGUAUUGAACUCAAUACCCCCGACAGUUUGAAAUUGAUCAUUUACUCUGAUCGCACACCCCAUACAGAACACAGAGGAAGAUAUAACGCCCCUUCAAUAAAUGAAGUGGCCGUUCUCUUGGUUGAUGAAGACAAAGGACCCAGGGAUAUAGUACUGAACGGUAGAGACGGACAACUAAAACGAGUGUCGGAAUUACAUCGAGCAUAUGAUCCGCUACAAUAUCCGUUGAUGUUUGCAUCAGGAGACGAUGGAUAUUAUUUAACUAUUCCUCAGCAGAAUUCCUCAAGAAAUAAGACUGUGUCAUGUAUGCAAUAUUAUGCAUACCGUUUAAUGAUUGGGGCCAACUGUUUUAAUGCACUCCAUUAUUACAAAGAUUUGUUUAAUCAAUAUUGUGUGGAUAUGAUGGCGAAGAUGAUUUCCGAAAGGUUAAAUUUUGUUUAUCGAAACCAACAAAAGCUUAGAGCGGAUGACUAUAUUCAUUUAAGGGAUGCUUUAAACCAAGACGCAAGGGUAAUUGCAGCUAAUAUCGGACAGCAUGUCAUCUUGCCGUCAUCAUUUACUGGUUCUCCAAGGUAUCUCCACGAAAAGACACAAGAUGCAAUGACAUACGUGCGCAAUUAUGGAAGGCCAGAUCUUUUCAUAACUUUCACCUGUAAUCCAGAUUGGCAAGAAAUAAAACAGGAACUUUUUCCCGGUCAACGGUCUUUCGACCGGCAUGACAUCAUAGCUCGAGUGUUUCACUUAAAAAUGAAGAAAAUGAUAAAAAUAUUAACAAAAGACGCGAUUUUUGGGCCGGUUAAAUGUUAUAUGCUUACUGUUGAGUGGCAAAAAAGAGGAUUGCCGCAUUGUCAUAUGUUGCUUUGGUUGAACUCAAAAGUACAACCCGAUGAAAUUGAUAAAAUAAUAGUUGCCGAACUACCUAAUAAAGACGAAGACCCAGUAUUAUUUGAGAUAGUCACAAAGAAUAUGGUACAUGGACCAUGUGGACAAGAAAAUUUGACUUCUCCGUGCAUGAAAAAUGGGAUAUGUACAAAAAAAUAUCCACGACGUUUCGUGACUGAAACCAAGACCGGUGAGGAUGGGUAUCCCGUUUAUCGACGACGCGAUAUCGACAACGGAGGGCAGAUUGCUGCAUUGAAAGUCCGAGGGCGUACGGUUAAUAUAGACAACAGAUGGAUCGUUCCAUAUUCCCCAAUACUAUGUCGAUCUUUUAAUGCUCAUAUUAAUGUUGAAUAUUGUCAUUCCGUACAAGCCAUAAAAUACAUAUGUAAAUACAUUAACAAAGGAUCGGAUCAUGCAACUUUCAGUGUCAGAAAUGCUCACGAUGAAGUUGAAAAUUAUUUGAACGGCCGGUACAUAAGUACAUCUGAAGCAGUGUGGAGGAUAUUAGAGUUUCCUAUACAUGACAGACACCCUACCGUAGUACACCUAGCAGUACACCUUGAGAAUGGACAACGAGUGUACUUCUCAGCGGAAAAUAUAGCGCAAAAUCCACCAAAAACGACACUUACGGCGUUUUUUGACCUAUGCCACAGUGAUGGUUUUGCUAAAACACUACUCUAUCACGAAGUUCCUCAUUAUUAUACAUGGGCUAACAAUAAAUUUUCUAGAAGGAAACGUGGCCAAGAAGUAGUUGGACAUCCCGGUAUAAAAAAAGAUGCGGCACUGGGAAGAGUAUACAGCGUUCAUCCUUCCCAGUCAGAGUGUUUUUAUCUCAGGAUACUGCUUCAUCAUGUACGUGGCCCAACAUCGUUCCAAGAUUUAAAAACCGUUGACGGAGUUGUUAAAGAAACUUACCAAGCCGCUUGCCGAGAAAGGGGUUUGCUAGAAGAUGAUAACCAAUGGGAAACUACUUUGAGAGAAGCUUCGAUUUCUCAAUGUCCGUUAAGGCUGAGAGAGUUGUUUGUGGUAAUAUUAUUAUUUUGUUUUCCCUCGGAACCUCUCAAAUUAUGGGACACGUUUAAAGAUGAUUUGUGUGAAGACAUCAGACAUAUAGCCCAAGAACAAGGUUCCGAUUAUGAUGUAUAUAACAAAGGUUUGAUACAAAUCGAAAACAAACUUUUAGAAUUAAAUGACAAAAGUUUAAGAGACUUUGGAUUACCUUCUCCGAAUCGCUCACAAAAUGUAGUUGAUGCCAUACCGUGCCGUAUAUAUGAUGUUAACGACACGAGUUGUCAGAAUUUGUCAAUUCCAAUGUACCCAAAUCAACAGUCUGUAUGUUCAAUCCGUAAAAAUGGUACACUGGGAAAGCUCUUACAGGACACGUCGCUGAUUAUUUGGGAUGAGUGCACCAUGAGCCAUAGAGCUCAUGUAGAAGCAGUGGACCGCACAUUAAAAGAUAUAAGAAACUCAUGCAAUAUGAUGGGUGGCCUAACUUUUGUUUUCGCUGGAGACUUUCGCCAAACUCUACCAGUUGUAACAAAAGGUACACGUGCCGACGUUAUUAAAGCGUGCCUUAAAUCAUCACCUUUGUGGCUAUCAAUUAAAACUCUCAAUUUGCGCACGAAUAUGAGAGCACAUUUAUGCAAUAACCGCGGUGGUAAUUUCUCAGAAAAUAUACUUAAAUUAGGAGACGGAAAAUUUACUACUCCAAUUGCAAACAGCUCCCAAGUACUUUUGGAUAUUGGAUUGGCCCAAACUGUUCACAGUCUAGAAAUUCAUAUAGACAAAAUCUAUCCCGACAUCAACAAUCUUACAGAGUACAUUCAUUUACGUGACCCCGUAAUCGGCAACAUAGAUGCAACGAAUGACAUCAACAAUAUUGGUACCGCAUGUAUUCUCCAAUCAUCAUACACUGGUAGCCCGCGUCAUAUGCAGGAAUAUAUUCAAGAUGCCAUGACUUACGUACGUGCAUACGGCCGACCUGAUCUUUUUAUCACAUUUACGUGUAAUCCAAACUGGGAUGAAAUCAAAAGUUUACUGUUGCCAGGUCAUCGAUGCACAGUCAUGAUGUCACUGUACGUGUCUUUAAACAAAAAUUAA